CGGCGGGGCGGCGGGGAUGGAGGGCGGCGAUGCGGGCGGCGGGGGCCUCCUGCAGCAGAUCCUCAGCCUGCGCCUCGUGCCCCGCGUCGGCAACGGCACCACCACCUACUCCAGCCGGCUCUCCACCUUCCCAGAGAUGUGGUACGGCGUCUUCCUGUGGGCCCUCGUCUCCUCCCUGGCCUUCCACGUCCCCGCCGCUCUGCUCGCGCUGUUCACGCUGCGGCACCACAAGUACGGCCGGUUCAUGUCCGUGAGCGUCCUGCUGAUGGGCAUCGUGGGACCCAUCACGGCCGGCACCCUCACAAGCGCUGCCUUUGCUGGAGUUUACAGAGCUGCGGGGAAAAAGAUGAUCCCCUUCGAGGCCCUCAUUUUCGGCGUGGGGCAGACCUUCUGCGUGGUGGUGGUGUCGUUCCUGCGCGUCCUGGCCACGCUGUAGCUCCCCCUGGGGCGGCCGGAGGACACGAACCCGAGCGGGGUGAGGGACCCGGCGCCUGCUCUGCCUCUGGAACAAAUCCCAAAUCACAGCUCGGGGCUCGUGCUUCCUCCACUGGUUUAAGGAAUUGGGAAGGCCUGCUCCUGCCUCUGGUGUGGCUCGGAACUAAGCUGAAAAUUGUGAAUUUUGUUACUUUUUGGUAACAUUAAGUGCCAAGUGAGACUUACUUCCCUGGAGGGUGGGAAGGUGGCUGCUGGAGGGGGAGGCCCACAGACCUUUCAGCAGUGAUGAGGACAGAGCUGGGAUGUGACACUGGCUGUGCUGGGGGGGGAGCAGGACCACGGAGUGUGCCCAGAGCUCACUUAGUGCUUUGACCUGCUGUUGCUUUGAUCUCAGUGAACCUGAAGCUCUUUUAAUGCGAAUUUGCUUUAGAUUAAAAAAUUAAUUUGUUUUCU